AUGCAUUUCGCCUAUCUGUCGGCCCUGCUGGCCGUUCCGGUCUGGGGCCUGCCCGCACAACAUGCGAUUCGCCGGGAGCCCUCGCGCGCCGAUGUCGUCCGCGGGGCCUUCUCCCACGCCUGGGAUGGAUACCGGAAGUACGCCUUCCCCCACGAUGAACUGCACCCCGUCAGCAACGGCCACGGCGACUCCCGCAAUGGCUGGGGUGCCUCCGCGGUGGACGCCCUGUCCACCGCGAUCGUCAUGGGCAACGAGACCAUCGUCAACGAGAUUCUCGACUUUAUCCCGACGAUCGACUUCUCCCACACCGACGACGAGGUCAGCCUGUUUGAAACCACCAUCCGCUACCUUGGUGGCAUGCUGUCCGGCUACGAUCUCCUGAAGGGCCCCGCCAAGGGGCUGGUCAAGGACCAGAAGAAGAUCGAUGCCUUGCUGACCCAGUCCCGUACCCUGGCCGAUAUUCUCAAGUUCGCCUUUGACACCCCGUCCGGCGUCCCCUACAAUAAUAUUAAUAUCAACAAAAAGAGCAACGACGGGUCCACCACCAACGGUCUGGCCGUCACGGGUACCUUGGUCAUGGAGUGGACGCGCCUGUCGGAUCUGACCCGCGACGCGCAGUACGCCCGCCUCAGCCAGAAGGCCGAGUCGUACCUCCUGGACCCCAAACCCGCCAAGGGGGAGCCCUUCCCGGGCUUGGUGGGCAACGGCAUCUACAUCGAGAACGGCACCUUUGCCGACGGGCGCGUCAGCUGGAACGGCGGCGACGAUUCCUUCUACGAGUAUCUGAUCAAGAUGUACGUGUACGACCCCGAGCGGUUCGCCAAAUACAAGGACCGCUGGGUGGUGGCCGCUGAGUCGACCAUGAAGCACCUCGCCUCGCACCCGGAGUCGCGUCCGGACCUCACGUUCUUGGCCUCGUCCGACAACGGGAAGUUGGGGCUGACGUCCCAGCAUCUGACCUGCUUUGAUGGGGGCAGCUUCCUGCUGGGGGGUUCGCUACUGGAUCGGGAGGACUUUAUUCAGUUCGGUCUGGAUCUGGUGAACGCCUGCCACACCACCUACACCGAGACACUGACGGGCAUCGGGCCCGAGCAGUUUGGCUGGGAUGCCAAGAAGGUGCCGUCCAACCAGAAGGAGUUGUACGAGCGGGCGGGCUUCUACGUCGUCAGCGGGGCGUACAUCCUGCGGCCCGAGGUGAUGGAGAGUUUCUACUACGCGUGGCGUCUCACAGGCGAGGAGAAGUACCGCGACUGGGUGUGGAAGGCGUUCGAGUCGAUCAACCGGUACUGCCGCACCAAGUCGGGGUUUGCGGGACUGAAGAACGUCAACGCGGCGAACGGCGGGGGUCAAGAUGACAACCAGGAGAGUUUCCUGUUCGCGGAAGUCAUGAAGUACGCGUACCUGGCGCAGUCGGAGGACGCGGCGUGGCAGGUACAGCGGGGGAAGAACGAGUUUGUGUUCAACACGGAGGGCCAUCCCAUUGCCGUGGCUUGA